UGGAUUGAAAAGAUUUCUUGAAAAUCAGUAGAGAUAGGUAUAAUUAUCAGAGUUUUAAAAAUAUGGAAAGCUUAUUUAUUAUCAAUUCAACUGGAGAUGUAUUCCUAGAGAAGCAUUGGAGAUCAGUAAUAUCAAAAUCUAUUUGUGAUUACUUCCUAAACAAAAUGAAAACCUCAAACGAAAUUCCGCCAGUAAUUUCAACAUCUCUACAAUCGACGAAUCUCGUAUCAAUUCAACGUUGCGGUGUUUACUUUGUUGUCGUUUGCAAGCAAGACGUACAACCACUUUUUGUCAUAGAAUUUCUUCACAGAGUUGUUGAUAUGUUUGAAGAUUAUUUCAGCGAAUGCAAUGAAGCAGUCAUCAAAGAGAAUUAUGUUGUAAUUUAUGAACUUCUGGAGGAAAUGCUUGAUAAUGGAUUUCCACUUGCGACUGAAUCAAAUAUUUUGAAAGAGCUUAUUAAACCACCGAACGUUCUUCGUACUAUUACGAACACUGUUACGGGAAGAACAAAUUUCAGUGGAACACUUCCUGUUGGAUCUUUAUCAGCAAUUCCCUGGAGAAGGAGUGGUGUGAAGUACACAAAUAAUGAAGCAUAUUUCGAUGUGAUAGAAGAAAUUGAUGCUAUCAUUGAUAAAUCAGGAUCAACUGUGUUUGCUGAAAUUCAAGGAUACAUCGAUUGUCUCAUCAAAUUAAGUGGAAUGCCUGAUCUUUCUUUGUCAUUUGUCAAUCCUCGACUUCUUGAUGAUGUUUCAUUCCAUCCUUGUGUGAGGUUCAAACGAUGGGAAACUGAAAGAGUUUUAAGCUUCAUCCCUCCAGAUGGAAAUUUCCGACUGAUGUCUUAUCAUGUAACAUCGCAGAGUGUGGUUGCGAUUCCUAUUUAUGUUCGUCAAAACAUUCAAUUGAAGUGUGAAGAGCAAGGCAGAUUGGACAUUACAGUUGGACCGAAAACCACUUUAGGAAGAACUCUUGAAAAUGUUAAGCUUGAGAUUUUAUUGCCAAAAGGAGUCACGAAUUGUACACUCGUCGCAACUCAAGGCAAAUACACGUUUGAUAACAUCACAAAAACACUUCAUUGGGAUAUUGGAAAAAUUGACAUUCAAAAGUUGCCAAACAUUCGUGGAAGUGUUUCAGUGGCUGCAGGAUCAUCAGUUGAAUCAAAUCCUUCCAUCAAUGUUCAUUUCACCAUCUCGCAAAUAGCUGUGUCAGGUUUGAAAGUGAAUCGACUCGACAUGUAUGGUGAUGUUAAAUAUAAACCAUUUAAAGGGGUCAAAUAUUUGACAAAAGCUGGAAGGUUUCAUAUUCGACUAUAAAUUAAAACUCACUUUAAUCAAAACAUCAACAUGGCAACAAGAUCAUCUUUUUAUUUCAAUAUUAAUUUUAAUUUUUGUAAACCCUUUUUUGAAAAGAAAAUAUAUUAAUGUUUAAUCAUGAAAG